UCACCGAUGACAUCCGUGAAUCUGAAAGUCACGCUGUUCACCGGCUGAUCUUGCACUUCACCUUAAAGUUGGCUAUCAUUUUAUACAAUAUUCUUUCGUUAGUUAAUCGAUAAAUACGUUAAUAUGUAGCUUUCGUUUUCGGUAAGACAGCCACAGCAUUCCUCAGGAAGAAGCAAUCAGUGAAGACAGUGGUGUGAGGUCAUCAUGUUGGGACACAUAGCGAGAAGCCUCGGCCGCCUCCAGCUGCUCCAGUCCUCACUCCCCUCCAUCAGACCCGUCUCGACGAUGGCACUGUGGCCGUUCUCUUCGCAGCCACGGGACUUCAGCCAGCCCAACUCCACAUGGAGUCCAGAGAUGUGCAAGGUUUACGACCACUAUAACACACUGUGUGACACUGACACCGAAAAUAAAGAGAGAAAAAGGGCACCUUGGAGGAAGUUGCCCAGCUACAAUCGUUCCAUUAAAUAUGCUACUGGUGGCAUACACCUCAGCAAAAUGAUCAAGGCCCAAGCUCGACUUUUCACAAGAAAUAUUAAAGAGCAGGGCGCAACGUUUGAGUAUGUGGUGUUUGUCAAUAAGGAGGAGAAGAGAUGUGUUUGUGUGUUUCAGGCAGGACAUUUACUAGAAGGUGCACCUGGGUAUGUACAUGGUGGAGCUAUAGCCACCAUGAUUGACACAGUGACUGGCACUCUUGCCGGUUUCCUCUCAGGACCUAUUAUGACUGCCAAUCUCAACAUCAACUACCGCAAUCCAAUGCCUCUGGGUAGUGUGGUUUUAAUCCACAGUGCUCUGGAUCAGAUAGAGAGGAAGAAACAAUUCAUCACUUGCAAAGUGACCAGCACUGAUGAGUCCAAACUCUACACUGAAGCCACAGCUCUGUUUGUUUCAAUAAGUGUGGACCAUUUAUUUGGAUCACAAAACUGAAUCGAUCACGAAACUUCCUGGAGCCCGACACGGUGUGUCAUGGUGUGUGUGCAUGUGUGUGCACACGCGAGUGAGAUUAUGGAGUGUGUGUGCAAUGAACAUUAGAUCAAGUUAAUGUUUUUCCUCAGCUUUCUGAAUGAGCUGUUUUUUUUAGAGUGAUGCACUACAUAUGACUGCCUUAUAUUGUGUUUUUGUAAAAUUAAAUCAUAUUAACCCUGUAUAUUUAUUGAUACAUUUUUGUUGCAAACAAAAGUAUUAUAAAAGGAAAAUCUCUGUAAUAUAUUUUUAGCAGUACUAUUUUACAUAUUGUGUUUAAGAGAAUUUCAUUUAAAUACAUUUUGUUAUAAAUGGAAAGGUGUGCCUUUAAAUUGUUUUAUUUCUAGUGAAUAACAAAACAUUUAUAACGAUCUUCAUUCAUGCCAUUAAAGACAGUAAAGAGCCAGUAAUCAAAAA